AAUGAUAACAAGAAACCUGGCGAACAGCAUUUACAAGGUCAAAAAUCGUGUCAAGUGUUGUUUGAAGAGAACCAGUGCUAUUUUAUGUAAUCAAAUUUCCAUAAUCAUCUAACCGAGAUUUUAGCAAUGAGUCUAGAAAGCCAGGAGUCUAAACUAAAUGAUGAGAAGGCAAUAAACACAUCUCAACAGAACGAUUUAUUUCUAACGAAAAUUGCGUCUUCACCACUGAUGUUUGAUGAUGAGAUAAUUUCCAAUGGGAUACAAACAUUGCCCGAUCCAGCAUACACAUUCAACCAAGUACUUUCAACCAUGGAUUCAACAUUACCAUCGCAAUGGACACCCAAUGUCAAGAUCCCAUCCGGCACUGGUUACACAAAUGUUCCGAGAUCCGAUCAAACGGAUACGAUACUUCUAUCAAUGAGUUCCAUUGAACGUGUGAGCACCUGUGGCCUGUGCGACUGCACGAAUAAUUUAAACGAAAGCAAUGAUUAUCACAACAGAACUGUGACCGAUGUUACUGUCAUUGAUGGUUUAAAUGGUCAUUUGGAAAAUAAUGUCGCUGGUUCAGAGCUUGAAAUUUUGCGUAAACGGGCGAGAUUCACUGAAACGCCAGAAGUGGCUCCUGAUAUCCUAUUGAUUUCGGAUACGGGAUCGAUAAAGACGUCCGUGGAAUCAUCGAAUGUUUUAAGAAUGCUCGCCGAAUCGACGAAAGCUAUAAACGAUCAUUUGAUGUCAUUGCACGCGGAUUGUGGCGAACAUUUAACAAUGGCAAAGAACAUCAUUGGGCCAAUGGAUAUUUAAGGAAAAUUGUAGCAACCUAAUGCAACAAUUGGAACCAAUAUUUGAGUUUAAAAGAAAAUUGUGAAGUAAAAUCAGUCCUCGUUUAUAUGUUAACACGACAUUCAGUGAUCUUAACAGUUAAAAAUAAAUUGCUGUAAUUUCCACUCCUUUCGA